AUGAAAAGAAGCUUCCAAGAGUUGUACUCUUCCAACACGUUCGGGAGUGAUGAGGAUGAUGGUGAUACACAAGCAGAGAGUGUAAAUACUCCAUCAACAGAGGUCGGAAAAGAGAGUUUCAUCACAGAAUCAUCAGCAAAUAUAAAAACAAAGGAAAUCAGAGAAAUGGAGUUAUUCAUAAAACAACUAUUAGAUUCCAAAACUUUGCUCGAACGAAAAGCGCUUCUCACAUUGUUGAUCACAUAUUUCAGCCCAUCUUCCGAUAAUUUUAUAUUGAAUGGGCUUUCUUUUUUACAACAUUCGUCAUCAUUAUUGUCAUAUUUGAAGAACGUUUUUCAGUAUUUAUCAACAGAUGUCGGUGGUGUAGAUCCACUUUAUGAUCGUGAUUUAAUUGUUUUAUUUAUUAGAUUUGUUGCAAGCAUUGUUUCUUCAAAUGUAGAACGACAGGAUAUUGCAAACUUAAUGGAAGACAUUGAUUGGCUUUCGUAUUUAUUAUCUCAUGAAUCACACAAAAUUAAGCGACAAGCCUAUAAUGGGCUGAUUGAAAUUGCUACAAAGAGUUCCAAGUUUGCUCAAUCAAUAUUUCAGGUUCUUCCACCUCAUGAAAAAGUUUUAUGUGAUUGGGAUCAAGGAAUAAGAAAAACUUAUGUUGAACUAUUGUCCAUCACUUAUCCAUUAAAUGGUGGGGAAAAUAACAAAACAAUUUCCAUUAUGGAAAUUUUGAGAUCAUGUCUUUAUGAUAGAGACACUAGAGUAAGAGCUCAAGCUAUCGACUCUUUCAUUACCUUGUACAGGCGUGGUAUGCAAUUAUCUUUUGAUUUAUACCCUGAAGCAGUCAAUUCACUCCAUGACGACACCGAAGAGGUGAGAGAGAAAGGUUUAGAAUUGAUCACGUUAUUGGCUCAAAUUUAUCCAAACCGAACUGUCACUCAUUCAGGAUCUCAACUUACUCUAGUGGAAGAUGCCUUUGGAAAAAUAUGUAAUGCUGUUAGAGAUCACGUAGUUUCUGUUAGGACAAAAGCUUGCAGAAUGCUUGGAAAACUGAAAGGAGUAAAAGAGAGCCUUCUCCUUGAAGGAUUUGGAAAAAUCGAGCUUGAAUAUACCCCAAAAUAUCACAGGAAGAAACAACAGAGGGAUGAGGAGGAUGCCAACACUAAGAAGAAGACAAUUCAACAAAAACAAAUGAUUAUGGAACAGGACUUGAGUAAUUAUGAAUUUGCAGAACAGGAUGUUGACGGAGAGAUCUCCAUUAAGGGAACUGAAAAGGAUGCUCUUUUAUAUAGUGGAGCUGUUGGAACAUUCGUACUAGCCCUUGAAGACCAAUAUAGAAGUGUGAGAAUGGCGAUAAUUGAGUCUAUUUGUGAACUCAAUAAGGAAUCUGAGCUUUUUAGUAGAAAAUCUGUUGAUUAUUUGAUAGAAAUGUUUAAUGACGAAAUUGAUUCAGUUCGAAUUCAUGCCAUAGAUUCAGUGAGCAAAAUCAGUGCUUCUUCGCUUAGAUUUGAUGAGGAACAACUUCAAAUUGUUUUGGCUAUUCUUGAGGACUCUAAUUCGGAAAUUAGAACUUCUGUAAGAAAUUUAUUAAGAGUCAUCGUUUUAUCUAAUGCGAGAUGUUUGCAAGCUGCCAUUCGAGCACUUUUGAUUAAUAACCUCAGAAAGUAUAGAUCUGAUAUCGACCAAAUUUACACAUGUCUAAGAGAUUUGGCCAAGAAUCAUUCAAAACUGACAGAGUUUUUGAUCGAAGAGCUUUUGAGGUUAGAACGUUAUAUUAUGCCAACAGAAUAUAAGGUGGAUGAUGAAUAUUAUACUGGACUAUGUGUUGCCAUUUUCAGCGCUAGUGAGGAAAAUUCUCGGAUUCCAAAUCAUCUUCCCAAGUACAUGUACAAACACUAUGCUUACCUUCGCUCCAAAUACCCUAAUUUAUUCCCAACCUUGACCAUCAAAACGCUCAACAUGAAUUCAAACUCGAUGACAUAUACUUUUUCCGAGAAUGAUUUAUCUUUAGAAAAACCAUCUAAGAAACAAAAACCAGUUUUUGAUUUUAUGAUGGACUCGAACUCUCUAGUUCUUCCAUUUGUGAAUGCAUUUAAUCAGAUUAGACAUUUAGCACUCAACAGUGAACGAGAAGACCCAGUCUCAGCUAUGAAAACAUUGAGAAGUGAGUUAAAAAAAACACCAAAAAGCAAAGACAGAAAUUUGAAUGUAUUUAUACACUUCUUGAAUAUUUAUUGUGCAUGUUGCCAAAACUACUUAUCUAUACUGCAGGCAUUGCAAUUCAAGAUGAUUGGACCUAGUAUUUUCAAGAAUAUUAUUCAGAUGACAUACAAGAUUGAAAAACUUUUUGGAAAUCUCAAUGUUAAUAUUCUACAGCAGUUAAUGUGUUUGAGACUUGUUGUCUAUGUGAAGUAUCUUGUCAACAGCGCCGAAAAGACAACAAACAUAUUUUCCAUCAAUGACCAUUCAAGCAUUCAAAAGAUGAGACAAUUAGCGCGUGCAAUUCAACAAUUUUCCAACGACCAUAAUUUACCUCUAGAUCCUCGUGUGGCGGAAAUUAUGAACCAUCUCAUUGAGAGUCAUGAGGUUUCGCUCGCUCAUUUAUCAAAAAUUCAAUUUUAUCCAGCCGAACUGACGCUUCACGAUGUUGGACGGAUGCAACUCAAGCAAUGCACCAUCAUUUCUCCUGUACCCAAUGUUGAAAAACCAAUUGAGUAUCAACCUUUCAUUUCUCUUUCGAUACCAAUUCAAUGCACGAUGAGAGAUGUUUCUUUACAAAAUGAUCAAUUAUUCAUUAAUGUCUCUUUCCCCGAUGGCACUCAUUCAAUAUUUCCCAUCGACAAUCUCAAAGAUAUUUCCACAAGCAGCAAUGGUGAUGAUAUUCACAAAGUAGUGCUUUCAAAAGAGAUACAACUGAGAACAGAAUGGUGGAGCGAAGCUUGCCCUAUUGAGAUAUCCAUUGCAUCCUCCUUUGCCACACAAAUUCCAAACGAAUUUUCACUGAUAGAGUCCUCCUCUUCGAAUGAUUCCAUGAACAGCACUUCAGUUUCUCAAGUCACAUCCUCUUGCUUGGUACCAUUGAGUAAGAGCGUUCAAAUACUCAUUCAUCCCAAACUUAAAUAA